GUUGUACCAAAAUUUGGUUGACAGUGUAUUAAAUGGUUCCAUGAUUAAAGUAUCAAAGCUUGUUCAUGGAUAUUUGCAAGAGAUUUCUAGAGUUGUGAAUGUACCAUUGUCAAAGUUCAUUGCUUUGAUCGAAGCCGUUCCUGGACUUGCAAGGCUGAAGAAUGAUGAUUUUUACAAAGUCAUUGACAUGUAUCUCAAGAUUGACUUGGCUUCACACAUUAUUAGGGUUGUGAUGACUUUGAAGGUACAAAGUGAUGGGGCAUCCCCUGCUUCAGAUGUUCUUCUUGCAUUUCCACCGGCAAAAGCGAAGCAUCUAGCACUGAUCCACGCUGCAGAAGUUGCUGGGAAUAUUUACUUUUAUGAAAUUGGUGUUUUCAGGGUGAACUGAGAGUUUACAGGUCGAAGGUGAGCACUAUUCUGGGAUCCACCGCUCCUCCUUUGUCUAUAAAAGUGAUGCAAGUUUUCAGCUCUGAUUCAAAAGUUGAUUCAGUUCUUAAACAGGUCCUUUUAAGAACCAAUGAUUGGCACAAGUUGAUUCAGCUAGCUCUGAGAGUUUUCAACUCAUGAAAUAUAUCUUUAAAUUUGAGUUUCUAGAUUUAAUUAUUGUGAUUGUUUUGUUUUAUUUUUUUACUUCAGGAACUUCAUUUUGACCAAAAGAAGCAGUCCGUGCCUUAGAUACUUUACUAGACCGGUGUUAAGUGGUAAUCACUCCGUGUUGUUAUUUUGUUGAAAUUACCUCUAGAUUAAAGUUUUUUUUUCUCUUCUAGGACCAGAGCAUUACUGAAAUUGAGAUUGGUUAAGGUGUGUGUGGAGAAUUGCAUUACCCAUCUUACCUUGCAAGACAUGGUUUAAUACUUAUUUCUUUGAUAUUUAAUUAUU